AUGAACACAGUUAACACUACCGGCUCCAGAGAAGCGGAAAACUCUCGCGUCGAGGGAACUGUGACUGCAAUCUUUAAUCUAGGCUGUCUCUUCAGUGCCCUCUCUUGUAUCCAUGUCGGUGAUAUCCUCGGCCGUAAGAGGACGUUUAUGUUGGGUCUGAUUAUUACGAUUAUUGGAUCGAUACUGCAGGUGGGUGCAUUUUCGUUGCCGCAUUUGACAAUAGGGGGGUUUGUGGCUGGAUUUGGGUUUGGCGGUGUUACUGCCACUGGGCCGAAUUGGUAUUCUUUCAUUUUCCUUUUCGAUUGGAUUAGCUCGGUGACAUGGAGACUUCCUCUUGCUUCUCCCUGUUUCCUCUGCUUGAUAUCUCUAUGCUGGGCUCCUGUCUGGCCGGAUUCGCCCCGUUGGCUCAUCAAAAAAGGCCGCAUCGAAGAAGCCCGUGAAAUCCUCGCCAUGCUCCGCGACGAACCAAGUGACAGCCCCUCUCUUGUUCAUCAAAUUGAAGAAAUCGAAGCUUCUCUCCAAGAAACCGGACAGGGCUCAUUCAGGGAUAUCUUCCGAAACGGACCGGCACGGUUCGCGAAUCGGGCGUUCAUCGCUGUCUCGACGCAGAUGGGACAGCAGAUUUGUGGUGCAAAUGCCAUCACCUUUUAUCAAUCGACAAUUUAUAAAAAUUAUCUUGGUAUGAGCGGGAAUCUAGCGUUGCUUAUGUCUGCGGUUCUCUUUACUUGGAAAAUGAUAAUCGCCCCGGUCGGCGCCCUGACAAUCGACAAAGCCGGACGGCGGAAAUCGCAUUCAUCUUCCUCUACGUCUGCCUUUUACGUCAGCGGUUGCAUCGGAUUGACGUAUCUGUACUGUUCUGAAAUCGCACCACUGGCUGUCCGGACACAGAUCACAGGUAUGUCUACUGCGUCGUCGUGGGCGUUUAACUUUCUGGUUGUUGAAGUCACGCUGAGUGGGUUCAGCUCGCUGGGAUGGAAGUACUUUAUUAUAUAUGCAGCUAUUAGUUUUGUUUUGCUCGUGCCGAUGGUGUACUUUCUCUUCCCUGAAACAGAGAGUCUGCAUCUAGAGGUUAUUGAUAAUAUUUUCCUGGAUAGCAAACAUGUUUUCCAACCGGUCUCUGCGGCUAAAAGUUUGAGGAAGCAUGCUCGUCGGCAGGGUGCGCAUGGAGAAUUGCAGGUUUAUGAGAAGGCGACAGAGGAGCAUAAGGAAGUUGUUUGA